AUGAAUUCAAUAAUUCAAUCGCUGAGAGCAGGGGGAAGUGCUGGAGGCAAACGAAAAAAGAAGACUAGCACACGCAGUGACAUCAAUGAUAGCUUUGAAUCUCUGGCCCAAGUGCUCCAAGACGAUUUCCCCGAUUGUCAAUUGGAUCAAUUGACUCAAUCACUUACCAGACUAGCCAGUUCUCAAAAUGCCUUCAAGAAUUUGGAUGGAAUGGCACACGAAGCCUACCAACGGACGAAUAUCAAUGGAAACGAAGUAGACACCUCAGUGGCGGGUAGAGCCCAACGCAGUGCGGCGCGGGUAGCAGCUACUGCCGAGGCUCUUUGGGCGUGUGAACUAGUGGAAAUUUUGGAUUUGCAACUGCUGUCCCAAACAGAAGAACCGUCGUCAUCAGAGGAGGAGGAGUCGAGAUUGAAAGAAUCAACACAAUCCACAAGAAAAGAUGAGAACAGCAAAAAAGCAGUAGAUUCUUUGGAAGAAAAUGAAGAAGCAGCGUCGCUGUCGUGCAAUGGAAAUCGAAUUCAGAUCUUAUACAACGGCAAAAUUAACAAAAGGAAUGGUGGGGAUGAAAGCAAAGAAGGAAAGAAAGGUUGCAUCAGUUUGGGAAAGUCAAAGCUUUCUGUAUUGGUCUUGUACGAAGAGGAUUAUGAUCGAGGAGCUGGCUUGGAGCACGGUUCGAUCAUGUAUUUUUCCUGUAGCGACAAUCAUCAGUCGUCACCAAACAAUAAUAACAAUAAAGAGAAAAGGGGACGCUUUUUGGUGGUAUUGGACGACUCGAUAUCUGAAGAUUUUGUAGAAACGCUUCAAAUUCUAUCACAGAAACCAAAACGAGUCAAGCUGUCCACCGGUUUGAUUGCUGGCGAGGUGGUUUCGGUCCAACCUCAGCUGUACAAGGCUGCAGGUCAAGUUUUGCAAUCGAUUGAACCCUAUUUGCGAGACCCAAAUCGUUCCAAGGCAGCAAUUCACUUUGUGGGACGUUCUCUUGCUGGAGGAGUGGCAAGUUUGGCGGCCACCAUCUUGGAUGGGAGCAUCCCCAUGCCCAAAGGGAAAGUCUCCAGUGAUAAUGCGAACCCUAGUAGCAGCAAGAGGAAAUCUUCCACGAAAAGACAAAAUAAGAAGAUGGAAGACGAAGCCGAUAUCGAUGUAAAAGAGGCUGCAGCCGACGCAAAAAAAUCAGAAAGUGGAGAAGAAGACAAGGAUGAAAAUGACGAAGGACAAGAGAACCCAAUCGAUCCAAUAAUGUCAGAACCGCUAAAUGGCCUGGGAAGAGCACGAUCUUCUGCCUUAUCGCUGGGAGCUCCGCCAAGCUUAUCAGGAAACGUCGUUGCAGCGUAUUGUACAUCCUUCAUCUACGGGGAUGAUAUUGUGUCACGUACUACACAUGAAACCUUGGAUCACUUGCGAGGGCGAGUAGAAAAGACGGUUCAUGGCGGAUUCCUGGGUCAGAAUUUGGGUCUUGUAUCAGAUACACUGUCCCUGACCAUGGCAGGAUUCAAGAGCCAUGCUCAUGGAAGCGAAGGAGAAGAGAUUAAGCUUUCGAUUCCAGGCAAGGCAUACCUGGUUCGGCCAAGGCGGUUAGGAGGAGCUUGUAGUAUCCAUGAAGUGGGAAACCUUCAGAAGGGAGGACGAGAAGCCCUGCGCGCGAAUCUUCUGUGGCAACUCAAUGACAUACUACUCAGCAAGAGUAUGUGGAAACAUCAUGAUUUGGAGUCCUAUAUCCAAGGUCUCGAUCGAGUCCACUUAAGGAGCAGCUCCGAAAGUGACGAUUCACUAUUAUAG